AUGACGCCUCGAUCGCUAAGGGCAUCAAGCUCCCUCGCGGCCCGCAUAGCUCGAAACACCACUCCUCUUAACCGUAGGCAAUUUGUUGCUGCUACUGCCAUCAGACAACCCGACAUUAUCCAAGAUCUGUACCUGAGAGAGCUUCGAGCAUACAAGCCACCCCCAGCCAAGCCAGCCGACGCCGAAGGUCAUGUCCAAAAGUUCACCAUGCCAAAGCCUCCUAAAUCACCCGAGGAGACGAGCAUAACCAACCAGGUGCAGGAAUAUGAGAAUUCUGCUGUUGAGGUGGAAGGGCAAGCGUCUUCAGGAGAGGCCCAGGAGCCUGAAGGGGAUUAUUUCGAAGAUCUCAAAGAUUUGGACGAAGAGCAGCCAGCAGCACAUUGA